AAAAUGCUCGCUUGCGAUAAGUUAACUACUCGGAGUCGGGUGGCACCGAUGACCCACGCGCGCACGUUGGCAUCGUCCGUCGCUUCGAGAUCGCUCUCCUCCUUGGCUCGCGUCCUCGUCCAGCGCCCCUCCGCCGGCGCCCUGCGCGCCGCCGCACGGACCAAGAUGAGCGAACCCGGCAGCGAAAGCCAAGAAAGGGACCAGCUUGAGUCCACAUUCAAGCAGAAAAAGAUCCUCCGUACCCAAGUCCGGAGGGCCCUCAGAUCCAUGGACCCGCUUCAGAGAUCUCAGGAGGAUGAGACAAUCCAGAGUCUUGUGCUAGAUGCUCCAUGGUUCAAAUCUAGUCAGAGUUUGUGCGCAUAUAUCAGCUGCAGUGCCCUACGGGAAGUAGAUACCUCGAAAAUUCUCUCACAAAUUUUGCAAAAUUCGGCCAAAGAUGGCCACAUACAGAUGAAGAAGAAGCUUUAUGUGCCACGCGUGGAAGACAAAAACAGCCACAUGAGAAUGCUCAACAUCUCAAGUGUCAACGAUAUGAUCGCAAACUCAAUGGACAUAUUAGAACCUGCUGCGCUAGAUGCUGAUGGAAAUGAACGUGAAGAUGUCAUGCAGGCAGAUGAUCCUGUUGACUUGUUCCUUUUACCUGGACUCGCAUUUGACGGAUCUGGAAGACGCUUGGGCCGAGGUGGAGGGUAUUAUGACACUUUCCUGAGAAACUACCAAGAGCUUGCACAUGCUCGGAACUGGAAGAAACCCCUCCUCGUUGCCUUGUCAUACUCUCCACAGAUUUUGGAGAAAGGAGUCAUACCAGUCACUCCAGACGACAUCCCAGUAGAUGCUCUCGUCUCCCCCUCUGGUGUGAUUCCCAUAAGCCCUGCAGCUUUGGACAGAAUGAAGAUUUGACACGGGCUUUGGCACCCUGCCUGGGUUCUCUGCCAAUCUAAUGUGGGACCUGCAAAGGGUGAUGUCCAUUGCUUGAAACAUGUGGCUGGCUUUAUCAAAGUCAUGACGAUGAGUCCUUAAUGCCAAUUAUGGUUUUGCACUGAUCUCUAAUACCAUCGAUACAUAGAAGAGCCAGUCGGCGAGAACACCCUCCUGAUGUGUCUUCUGUUUCAUGGAUCAAACAUUCCAACUCUUAGUAGCCCAGGUGAAUCUUUGCUCUCUUGGGGAGCUUAGCUUGGUUAUGUCAUUCUGGGCCUUCUCUCUUAUCACAGAUGUGUAAAAACCACAUUGUAACUGUUCCUUAAGUAGCAAUUCAUUAGUGAAAAAUGAAUCGGUUUGAUCCCUGAA